AGUCCGGGACGGAAGGCGGGGCUCACCGAGCAGACGAAGAGAAGAACUUUUCUUGCCCGGACCGGUUGUGGCGAGCCGAGGCUGCAGGUUGCGGGGCAGAGAAGGAAAAGCCGAUCGCUCCGGUGCCGAGUCGUUACUCCGCCUUGAAGGAGGAGCGCAACCAACUUGCAACUGGCGGGGGGACUCCCUCUCGGCGGAAAAGAAGCAGGAAAGAAACGCCAAGUAUCUCGCCUAGUACAGCGGAGCCUGUGACCUUGCGUAGUGGAGGAGAGUGGACGUUCCGAGAGAGCGAGGAGGAGGAGGAGGAGGCGAGGAAAGAAGCCGCGCAAGGAAGAGGAUCUGCUUUGCUGAAGGAUUCGUCCAGGAACAAAUCACAGAAAUGAUCCAGAAAGUUUAAUCCUCUCUACCUUGUUGUGAUGGAGUUGAAAGUCUGGGUAGAUGGAGUCCAGCGAGUUGUAUGUGGUGUUUCAGAUCAGACAACGUGUCAGGAAGUUGUCAUAGCACUGGCACGGGCCAUUGGUCAAACAGGCCGCUAUGUUCUCAUCCAAAGACUACGUGAGAAGGAGAGACAGCUUCUCCCACAUGAAUGUCCUGUAGAGACCCUAUCCAAAUGCGGCCAGUAUGCUCAGGAUGUGCAAUUUAUAUUGCAACGUACUGGCCCCAGCCUCAUAGAGAGGCCUUCUUCAGACAAUGCCGCCCAGAUACCUGAGAGGACGUUUGUCAGAGCUAGCUUGCCUAUUAAACCUAGACCACUCAGUACAGAAGUACCUAGAACCAGGCAGCCCAAAAAAUCUUUAACCUUCAACUUGGGUCCUGUGAAUUCAAGUGACGCCUCUGCCAAAAACAAGCUGAGACAGCCCAGAAAGGACCCGAUGUGUGUGAGAGAUGGAGCCAGAGGGGGGGUACUUUCCAAAGAGGAGCUAUUCAAGGCUGUCCUACACCAACAGGAGCAUCUCUGCACCCUGGAAAUGCAAGGUGAUGCCUUGGAAAUGGACAUCAGGCAUUGGGAAUGCAGCCAAGGCUCUUAUCAGGAGGAUGAGAUUUUGCAGCUGGAACAGCUGAUCCACCAGAAUGAGAGCCAGAUGAGUGAGGAAGAAUUUUGGCAGCAUGAGCUACAAUCAGAAAAGGAGCAUGAAAGGGAGCGGCGGGAGAAAGUGCACAGCUUGAGGGCCACAAUGGAGGAGUACACCAAAAAAAUCCAUGAGCUUAUGGUAAAAACAGAGACCUUGGAAAGAGAAAUCCAGUGGGAAAUUGCUGAGAGAGCCAAGAAGACCAAGGAAACUCCUACCCAGAAUCCUUCUGAGCUAGAGGGGAUAGCAGCUAAAAUAAAGAGAGACCUGGACACCAAGGCCAAGCAAAGCGCCCAGCUUCAAAGCAGCCUGGAUACUGUGGGGAAGGCCUUGGAGGAAACAGAGUACAAUCUGCAGGCCCAGAACCAAGAGCUGGAGGAAUUGAAUAAGGAACUCAGGCAAUGUAAUUUACAACAAUUCAUCCAGCAGACAGGAGCCAUGGUGACUACUCCACAGGCCAGAUCAGAGGCAGAAUCGCAGCUGGAUCAAAUUAGCCAAGAGUUGCCAACUCACCAGAGAAACGGAGAUUGGUUGGAACUCAACCGAAACUCACCUCCCAGACCUACAGCCAAGCAUUUCCUCGGCAAUCCACGGAACCUCCAGAAUCCCCUGGUGUCCAGCUUGAACCCUGAGGUUGUAUCGGCAAAGCAGAGCAUCUGGAGGUAAAAAGGCCAGCCAAGGAGGACUGAUAGUUUUGCGAAUACAACAGAUAUA